AUGGCGCUAAGGACACAACACAAUGAGACAGUACAGACCACCUCUCUGUCAAGUUCAUCUUCAAAAAUCAGUAAUACCAUUUUUGAUAUUCCUAAAGAAGUGAUCAUCCAAAAAAUUCUAGCAUCAAUGGAGCCAAAAACUCUAGCCCGACUUCGUUGUGUGUCUACGCUAUUUAACAAUCUCAUCUCUAGCCCAAAAUUCUGCCUCUUUUACUAUAGAAUUCAAGCACUACAUAAACUGCAUCAUCAAAUAGGUUGGCGUAUAAAUCAAAUUCCCACCGGCACUUAUAAAUACUCUUUCUCCACAAUUGACUUGGCCCAUCCUUCCAACCGCCACAAGUGGGAUUUAAUUCUUCCUAACGAAUACACGUUGUCAUGGAUGGUAUCUGAAUCAUCCUGCUUCGGUCUGAUCUGCAUAUAUAGCAUGAAUAAUGCAUGUAUUUAUAACCCCACCACCCGCGCUAUAGUUGUUCAUUUACCGCCCGUUAAUAAUAACUCCUAUUGGUAUCCGAAAUUCUAUCUCGGAUUUGUAAAUUCCACAAAUCGGAUAAAGGUAUUAUGCUUCUUUACAAGCCCCAGCAACAGUCGAGACUUCCCUGGCAUCACUGAUUGUGAUGUCCUCACGCUGCCUGAAGACCUCAGCGGUGGCUGGAGAAAAGUUGGUCGCCCACCCUUGUCUGAUUUUAAAUGUCCAAUUGUUGCCAGCGCCGAAAGUGUUGUCUACUUGCUUAGUCUUUGCUGCACAAGUCUUUUUCAAUUUGAUUUGGAGAAUGAAAGUUGGUCUGAGAUUAACCUUCCAGGAGUCAGCUUGCCUCAGGCAGUGGAAUUUAUGGGAUAUCUCUGCUUAUGCUCUAGAGCUGUAGAGUCUAGCUAUGAGUUGUGGAUAUUGAAAAAUAAUGUGUGGGAGAAAAAGUGGGAGCUGAAUAAUCACCCAAAAUAUCCUAAAGAGAUGUUAAUUCCGCUUCACUAUGAUGAGAAGCUUGACAGGCUGCUGAUGAGAACGGUCCGUGGACGUCGUCUAAGUUGGUAUUGGUUUAAAGAAGGUGCAUACGAGGAUUGUCGCUUCAAACUGCCAAGUACAGAGCUAGAUAAUAUCAAAUAUGUUGAAACUAUAGUGACACUUCAGACUCUUCGAGAUAUUGCUAAUGUUAAGCAUCAAACUUAA